AUGGAAGUUUGUAUUGUAAAACCAGAUAGAAUCUUCUUUAAAGAAGAAGCGGACGAAUUACUUCUCCCAACGAACACAGGGUACAUUGGAAUUCUUAAAGACCACGCACCUUUAGUAACAGGAUUAGACAACGGAGUACUUGGCGUUCGCCAAGGAACGACGUGGCGUUUCCUUGCACUUCUCGGUGGUUUUGGGGUAAUUAAAGAAGGACGUGUAAACAUUCUUUGCCGUGACAUUCAAGACGCUUCUGAAAUCAACUUAGAAGAAGCUGAGCAAUUAGCAGCAACAGCGAAAGAAAGUAUGACUAAAUCAGAUUCUAAAAAAGGUUACAUUGAGAACCAAUUAAAAUUUGAUCGUGAAACUGCACGAGUAGCAGCUGCUAAAAUGUACAAAGAAUCAGCAGGCGGUAGUCCUGUAUUCGGAAAUUAA